AGGCCACAUUUCCCAGGACAAGGGGGAAAGCGAUUUCUCUGCAUAUUCAGCCACAAGAGUCUUCGGCCAGCAGGCAGAGAGUAAACCAAAAAAAAGGAUGCAGGAAAUGGAUGUGAUAAUGGAAGAAGAGAUGCGACUGGAUGUGAGUGCAACAGCCACAGAAGAACAGCAGAUCCAGGCCUCCUCUCAAGAUGACCUCAGUCUCCUGCCAAACCCGGGCGCUCUUUUGCGUUCGAAGCAGAGGACACGACAGACGGAUCCCGCGCGGCCCUGGAGGUCCCUGCCAGCUACCCCUACGGGGGAGAUGGAGAAAGACCAGGCGGUCUUCUUCUCUUCGUUGACCUCUCUCCAAGCGGAGGAGUUUUUUGACAUGGUGGCCAAAGUCCAGGCCCGGAGGCUUGAUGACCAGCGGGCUGAUUUUGAGGAGGCUGCAGAAAUGUGUGCGGGCAACUCAAGGGUCUCUGAAGAGAAGCUCUACGACACUAUCUUGGCUCAUCAGAGCCAGCGUCUCGAAGACCAGCGCACAGAGCCCCCCAUCCCGGUAGGAAUUCAGGGCCUACUGGAUUUGCUGCUCAAAGCCCAAGGCACCCGGAUGGAAGACCAGCGCUCGGCUCUCCCUCCUGGUCUCGGUGGGGCGUCCUUGCUGGGGGCGCACACUUCCUUCCCCAUGCAGUGCCUGAGUCCCCCGGCAGACUCCUCCCUCCAACAGAUGUGGUUCUAGUGACUCGAGACACAUUGCGCCGAAAGAGACGGAAUCCGUGCGUGGCCUAAACUAAGCAAAGGCAGCAUGGACUGAGAAAUCGAGGUGGGCCGCUUCGAAAAAGUUUCAUACUGUGAAGGUAUCCCGUGUUGUAGA